GAGUAUGGUUGAAACGGAAGGCAGGUCAUUCUUGCGCUGUGAUUGGCUCAGAAGGUCGAGCGGGGCGGGCUCAUGUUCAGAACUUCUGAUUUCAAAUCAACAUAACAUGAUGGAGGGAGAUGAAUCGCGUAGAUUGCAGCAAGCAUUAGGGGUUUUAAGGAACAUUUUGUCAACCCCUGAAACUGUCACAUCCCUGUCAUCGUCCCUUGAGCGGCAGAGGACAGGCUCACAGGCACAGGAGCAGCACGUUUCUCACAGCGCGGUGGAGAGUGAGCUGAGAGAACCUUUCAGACCUGCCAACUCCCAAGUCGCUUCGGCAGGCCAAGCAGAUGAAGGAGGACAAACUGGAGGAUCUUUGAGAUACCAAACUCAGCUCCACUUUGGGAAGUGGAACUCGCGACCAAGGAAAAGGGCCAAAACAGUUUAUCAUGAGACUUUCAACAAAGACAUCAUCCUUCUUCCGGGACCAUCCAGCACUGCCGUCAUAAAGCUUCGGACAAAGCAACAGUUGCAUGAACAAGGACAUAUAUUGAAUGGAUUUGAAUUCCAGAAAUCCUGGGACCACAGGACUGUCACUGAUCAAAUUAGGGAUGCCUUUGGAGAAAAACUCUCAGCUGAUGUGAGCCUAGAGCUUCUGAUGGCAUGUGGCAACAGAUUGAUCAAGCCAAAACUGCGUGCUGGACAGGAACUGGAUGCAAAUCUCAUACAUAAAGUUUCCAGGAUGGCUACGGGAUGUUUGGUGCCGGUGAGAGAUAUUUUGCAAGAUCUUGCAACAAAAAUAAAUCAUCAGAAGAAAUGCAAGUUCAACAUCAACCGAUCCACAGUCCUGGAUGGAGCCAUCAGGGGUUUUAAACGAGGGACAUACGAUCCAUGUCACACUAUUUCUGUCAGGUUUUCUGAUGAUAUGGGAGUACCUGAAGAGGCUGUGGACUUGGGUGGACCAAGAAGAGAGUUUCUAAGACUUCUAAUGGAAGCUUUGCCCAAAUCUCCGAUGUUUGAGGGAGAAGAAGGCAAACUGAACUUGGCCUUUGACAGUACUGCCUUGAGAGAGGACCGGUACUUUAUUGCAGGCAGGGCCAUUGCAGUAAGCAAUGGCGGUUCUCCCGCAGGCUUUCUGUCCCCAACUCUCUUCUCUUGCCUUGUUGAUGGCCCAGAAUUGGCUAAGCCAGUGUUGGAAGAUGUUGCGGAUAUUGACCUGCACGAAAAAAUUAAGAGGGUCACGGAGGGUAAAUCAUUGGAAGAUCUGCUAGCAACAACGGAACCACUUGAGGAGUAUUUGGCCAAUGCUGGCUGCGUGAGGCCGCUGCGGAGGUUGGAAGACAAGAAUCUGCUUGUAGAUGACAUCCUGAUGUUCCAAGUGAUACACAGAGUGCAUGGUCCUUUUGAGAGCUCAAGAGGGAACACAGAAGCUGAGGACAAUUCUCGCCUUUGCCACUGGAGCCAAUACUGUUCCACCAAUUGACUUUGAUCCACCACCUUCAAUUGAAUUUCUUCACCAAAAUUAUGACUCAGGAACCACUUCUAAACUUCCCAUUGCAAACACCUGCAUCAACUGUUUGAAGUUGCCACUGCACAGCUCUUACAUAGACUUCCAGGAAAAUAUGGACUGUGCACUGGGCAAUACCCAGGGUUUCGGCAUAGCUUAAUUCAUGGGCAGGCCUCCAUCUCAGUAUUCUGUUCAAAGGUCAAGUUCACACUCAAAUAAAUACAUUGUAGUUCAAAAAAUCCCAAAUAGUUACUACACGUUUUUAUUGUGGAUAUCAUUCCACAGUGUUUUGCUGGGAAAAUACCCAUUUCUUAAAACAUUAA